CAACCUCUUAGUCGCGACAGUCGUUCGAAUUGUUUCUUGAUAAAACUAAAACAAAUGAAUUUUUUGAUCGAUUGCGGAUUAAACACGUCAGAAUUGAUCAAGUCUUCACCCCGAGAUAAUCUGACUUCUCGUGCUCAAACCGUAUUAUCAGAGAUCGAUGGUAUCAACGAUGACAUGGAGCUCUUGUUAUCGGGAGAAAACGAAGUCAAACGUGCUAAACUUGAUACCUCGGUUGAGCCGAAUGGAAUUAAUGGCAGGCGAACUCGCGGGCAAUUUCUCGUCGAAACUCCAGAAUUCUCUAAUGUAGACUGGAGUACUAUAGAUUUUAUCUUGAUCACAAAUUACAGACAUAUGCUUGCCUUGCCUUAUGUUACCGAGUAUACGGAUUUUAAGGGAAAAAUAUAUGCCACGGAACCUACGGUCAUAUUUGGAUGUCAGAUGAUGAAGGAGUUGGUACAUUAUUUUGGCGAAAGUUCGAUAAGUAGGUUGACAAAAAGUCGAAGCCACACGACCAAUGGAACUAAGAUUUUCACUGGAUUCACUCCUGAAAUGAAUAUGGCACAAUCAUUGUACUCAUUGUCCGACGUACAAUCUUGUGUAGACAAAAUCCAACAAGUGAGAUACGGUGAAAAAUUGAUGCUAUUUAAACUUCAAGUCACGGCCUACAGUUCAGGAUAUUGUCUGGGAAGUGCAAACUGGCUGAUAGAUUGUGAUUCUGAAAAGAUUUCCAUAAUAUCAUCUUCUUCCAUUGUCACCAAUAUUCAUCCAUUACCAUUUAGCAAAAAUGCGUUAAGUGAUGCUAAUGUUGUUAUCCUCAAUGACUUACGUAAGAGUGACGACUUAAGAUUGGAAUCUACUUUGCAGAGUAUUGGGGGGAUAGUCGCAAGGGUUUUAAGGGACAAAGGAAAUGUAUUGUUCCCUUGUAAUAUGAACGGCGUGGUGUUUGAUAUAAUAAGUUCACUCUGGAGACAGUUAAACGCCGAAGGGCUUGAUCGCGUCCCAUUUUAUGCAAUCUCUCCUAUCGCCGAAGAAUCUCUUAAAUAUUCAAAUAUAUCUGGAGAAUGGAUGUGCGAAGAAAGGCAACAAAAGAUGUACCUACCGGAAAAUCCUAUGGUUCACAAAGAUAUGAUCGACAAAAAUCUAUUAUUUUACGCGGCUCGCGCUGACAGUUCACUUCAAGAGAUCUAUCGAGAGCCGUGCGUUGUAUUUGCUGGUCACCCAUCUUUACGUAGCGGUGCAGCGAUUAAUUUUAUUAGGAAGUGGGGAAAUAACUCGAAGAACUGUAUGAUUUUUACAGAAUCAGAAUAUGAUUUCAAGGAAGCAGUGUCAGCUUUUGAAGGAUUGCAAAUAACAUCUGAAUAUCUUCCCAUCGAUAUACGACUAACUGUCGAAGAAGCGACCAACAUCUUACAAGAAUUGAAACCACGUCAUGUCUUAUUACCACGUGAAAUCGUAGACGACAUGAACAAUAAUAAUAUAUUAAAAACUUUACCAUCAUCAUUGGUCACCUUCUAUAACUGUUUGGAUAACUUGAGUGUGUCCAUAAAUUCUCAAUAUGCACGGACUUACAUGAAUGACAAACUUGCAGCAGAAAUUUAUCCAACAGACGUGGAUCGAUCAAAACUCGCGGUAAUUAAUGCUAACUUGAAACCAAUUGGCAAUCAAGUUUCGCUACUUUCCAGAAGCCAUAGCGAAUUAUCGAAACCUACAUAUUUACUAGGAAGAAUUAACGUCACAGAACUGAUGAAUCAGUUUACCCAGCAGAUA